AUGCUUGUCACCGUCGCCCCGGCAAGUACUAGAACAGGAACCGCUGUCAUCCGGUCACUGCUAGCCGCUCCAAACUCGGAUGUCAAAGUCCAAGGAAUUUAUCGAGACACGGCAAAGGCUCCCGCCGAAUUCACUUCGUUGCCCAAUUUUGAAGCCGUCAAGGGAGACAUUGCAGAUGAAUCAUCACUAAACUUUAACGGCUCAGAUGCCGUGAUUGCCAUAACACCGCCAGUCUUUGAGAGCGGCGACAUGGUGGCCAUUACGAAACAGCGCUCCGAACAUGUCAAGAAUGCGAUUGAAAAGUCGGGAACGGUGAAGAAGGUCAUUCUUUUAAGCAGCGUAGGCGGUGAAAUCAAGACGAAUAACAUUGCGGAAAGGGUGUUUGCAAAAACCGACGUGCCAGAACUUAUUUUCGUCCGCUGUGCAUACUUUAUGGAGAAUUGGACCGUGGCCCUUGACACUCUCCGCGGUCCAGAACCAUUCUUCUUUUCAACGGUGACGCCUCUGGAAUGGAAGAUCCCCAUGAUUGCUGUGGAAGAUAUCGGCUCUACUCUUGCGGCUGAGACACUGAAACAGGAGCCGUCGCCUCACAAGCCGUAUGUCUUUGAGCUGCAUGGGCCGAGGAUGUAUAACUCGCUGGAUGUGCAGUUGGCGUUUUCGGAUGCCCUGGGUAAACAGGUGGGUGUUAAGCCUGUGGCCAAGGGAGAGUUGCAUGACUUUUAUAAGCAGGUGUUUCCGGAGGAUAUGGUUCCUGAGUGGGUGGAAAUGGCUGUCAGUUUCUUGCCGGGGGGAAUUAUGAAACCUGGUGAUGUGGAGGAGGGGACGAGUGUUGUGAAUGCGAAGACGGAACUUGGAGAUGCUAUCAAGGUGGCUGUGGAGUCAAUCCUUUAA